GCAUCGACAACCACCAUGGCGCCUCCCCGCAGCUACUCGAAGACGUACAGCGUCCCCCGUCGUCCUUUCGAGUCCGCUCGUCUCGACGCCGAGCUUAAGCUCGUCGGCGAGUAUGGUCUGCGCAACAAGCGCGAGGUCUGGCGAGUCCAAUUGACUCUGUCCAAGAUCCGUAGAGCUGCCCGUUCCCUCUUGACCCUCGACGAGAAGGAUCCAAAGCGGCUGUUUGAGGGCAACGCCCUCAUUCGACGUCUCGUUCGUGUCGGUGUGCUCGACGAGUCCCGCAUGAAGCUCGAUUACGUGUUGGCUCUCAAGAUCGAAGACUUCUUGGAGCGCCGUCUCCAGACCUGCGUCUACAAGCUCGGUCUCGCCAAGUCCAUCCACCACGCUCGUGUCCUCAUCCGCCAGCGACAUAUCCGCGUCGGCAAGCAGAUCGUCAACGUCCCCUCCUUCAUGGUCCGCCUCGACUCCCAGAAGCACAUCGAUUUCGCCCUGACCUCGCCGUUCGGUGGUGGCCGCCCUGGUCGUGUGAGGAGGAAGAAGGCCAAGGCUGCCGAGAAGGGUGGUGAUGAGGACGGCGGCGAUGAGGAUGAGGAGUAGAUGCCACAUCGGGUCAGACAAUCUGGCAUGGAUGAUCGGCGUUGGUGAUGACGGGAUGAUGCUUCAAGGUGAACAUUUUGUCUCCGGCUGCGACAUAUCCAGGUCGGGUUCGGUUGGUGGGUGGUCUGCAUGAUCUGCAUGUAGUCCCUCACCUCAAAAAUAUAUCCAG